AUGUCGCCCCCGCGCGCGCCCGUGGACGCGCGCGACGCGGACGCGGCGACGUCGGACGCCCCGGCGCGCGCGCCCGUGGACGCGGGCGAGGGAUUGGAAACGUUUUGGGGACCUCACGGCUGGACCGCGGCCACGGCGCGGGCGCUCGACGGCGUCGACGCGGCGUGCGCGCGAGUGGGGGUGUGCUUCCGGAACGAUGAUGAUUUGGAGGAUUCGCGCGCGGCGGCGAAGGCGUGCGCGGGACGGACGCGAGACGCGCGCGCGGCGGCGAUGCGUGAGAUCGAGACGGCGCUCGCGGUGGGGGGGGAGGGCGCGCGAAGCUUUAGGGAGGAGGUCACGGUGCGAGCGAACGGGAUGAGGGAGGCGGUGAUGGCGUUGACGCGCGCGGCGGAGACGGGGACGAGCGCGGAUGUGCGGCGGGCGUGCGGCGCGGUGUUUGAGUCCACCAAGGCGUUCAAGACGUGCCCGAGGGAUCCCGUGCGGGCGGUGUCGGCGAGGUUGAUGAAGACGGCGACGCUGGUGAAGGAUGCGUGCGAGGAGAUGGGGAGUCUGGGGGAGGACGACGUCGACGCCGACGAGGAGGACGAUUUGAGAUUCGGCGCCGACGAGUUUAGCGAAGAGGAGAAGGCGCGAGGCGAGGCGCUGGCGACGUUCGGUAAGGCGUGCAUGACGCUCUUAAAGGGGCUCAUAUUACCCACGGUCAAGACAAAGUCGGCGAAACUCGAAGCUUUGGAGCCAAUCGUGGAGGAGUGCGCGGCGCUUCAGAACGCCAUCGACGACGUCGGGUGCGGUUGCUACCCGCCGCAUGAUCUAGAAGAGCUUCGAUCGAGCGUCGCCGCGUGCGCGAGCGCGGGAAGAAAGAUGUACGCGUGCGUUCGCGACGCCGAGAUCGGGGACGACGCGACCGCGGCGUCGCUCACGGAAUUCGAAGCGGCUACGGCGACGGUUGAAAAAAUAUUGCAACAAUGA